AUUCCAAAAACUUGUUAGCUUAAUCCGAUUAUUGCCUUCAACAGACUAUGUAAACAUUUCACAAGUUCGCACAAUGGGAGGUUCAGAAAGCAAAGGAUCCGAUCAUAAGGCUACGUUACACUUUCCUGAAGAAGAAAAGCCGCUGGUUAUUCAGUUAUUUUACAGAAUUUCUCACGGGAAAAAAUAUUUUACCCGCGAAGAGUUCAGGCAUUUCAGUCAUAGUGCCUUAGACCUCAUUGUUGCUGAUCGCCUCUUUGACUUCUUCCUGAGUGGUAAACAUCAUCAGCGAAGUGGCCAUGCAGAAGGAGAAGUUGACCAUCAUCAAUUUGUAAACCAGUUAGCCUUCAUCCUGAAGGGAGGUGUACAAGAGCAGGCACACAUGUUCUGUGCUCUGUGUUCACCUAGUCAACCUCAAAUUUCUUCUGAAAGCCUGUUAGAAUUUGUAUGUAGCAUGGUGCAUAGCUAUGAGAAGAUUCUUGCUGCACAUUGUCGAGAGUUCCAAAGCUGGAUGCUUUCUCACUCCAAUGACAAUUGUAGGGGUUUGGCAUUGUACAUGAUUGAAGACAUCUUUUAUGCUGGGGAUCCCAAAGACAAGGGAUUUCAUCAAGUUUCGGUCCCCAUGCAACAGACAUUUUCAGUGGAGGACAUAGAGGCAUGGUUGAACAAAAGUUCCAUUUUCCAGCAACUCUUUACAGGAAUAUUUCGAAGUUGCUUCCCAUUAGAUGAAACUCAUGCAGCUGAAGUUGUCCAGUUCUACCCACGUAUCCCGCAAGUGCGUGACACCAAUUGGUCUGCUGUCAGCACAAUCUUAAAUCUGUCUUCUGUGCUUUUUCUCAAUGCCUGCCUUCCCUCAGUCUUGCAAGGAGAGUGGCGACUUAUUUUUUCCAGCUCCCAUUUUGGCAGUAGCUUUUCUUUGCUACUGAAGCAUCUGCUUGGCAAAGGACUCACUCUGCUGGUUAUUAAAGAUCGAGAUGGCUUUGUAUUUGGUGGUUUUGCUAGCCAACCAUGGAAUCUUGACCCUAAAUUUUAUGGUACAGACGAGAAUUUCUUGUUUAGGCUGCAUCCCAAUUUUGGCAUCUUUAGACCUACAGGAUUGAACAAAAAUUUUAUGUAUCUCAAUAUCAACACGCAAACGCUGCCCAAUGGGCUGGGAAUGGGUGGUCAGCUGAACUACUUUGGCCUGUGGAUAGACCAGUCUUUUGAUAAAGGCUGCAGCAAAGCAGAACCACGCUGCACAACCUACGGUAGUCCUCAGCUUUCCAGUAAGCCAGACUUUCAAGUAGACACUGUGGAGGUGUGGCUGGUGGGUCCUGUGAAGAAAAAGGAAGAGGACGAUGAAGAUGAGGACAUGACUGAAGAGGAAAAGCAAAUGAGAGGUAAAAGUGUUUUGGACAGAGAACUCGAGUCCAAAGCAAUGCUUGAGCUGAUGGGGAGACCCCAGGUCAGUGAGGGAAUCAGAGAAGAGGACACAACACAAGAUGGUCCAGAAGCCAGCAAAGUGAUCUCUCUUUUUUGACCAUGUGCUUUUCUAACUGAACACUAAAGACAGUUUUUCUUAAUCUUGUUUAAGGAAACAAAAUAGCAUUAAUCUCUUCACUGGGAAAUGUUGAAAAUUCCCUGGCAUUUUUUAUUGUGUUUUUAUUUUUCCAGAACAUAUCUUGCCACAGCAAAAGAUUGUAGCCGACUUGUGCUACUAGGCAUGCAGUGCAAUCAGUCCUGUGGACAAUGCACCAUGCGUUGUGAUGCAUCUCACCAACUUGGUGGAUUGCCAUUCUUUUGCUCAGUCUCUCACUGUGCUGGAUAAGAUGUGUGGAAUGUGUGGGUGCUUGUUGGAGUCCUAGAAGUAGGCGUUAUCUGUGCAAACAUGAAAGUAGUGUCAUUUCUCAGGCUGUUUGUGCUGUCUUCCUUGGCCUUGCUAUGGAUACUUCAACUCGAUGAGUUUUGAAGGUCACAUUCUGUUGUGCAAAUAAUAUUGCGCAGAUCAGGAGAAUGGUUGAGUCAUUUAAUCAAGAAUAUAAUAAACCAUUUCAGUCUGAUUGGGCCAGGGGCGUGAAGGUUUCAUGGAGUCCAUGGAGAUAUUCAUAGUCCUCUGUGGUAAUGUUGAUAGAGGUAGAGACAGUUCCCAUGGUUGUGUUCUUAAUUAACAAUACAGGGCAUGCAAAAUUUUUGAUGGUGAAGAGUAUGGCAACACCAGGACAAAGAAGAAGAAUGUGCUGACAAUGUAAAAUUUAGAUUAAAACACGAAGAAUAAAAGGUAGAGAAGGAAAAAAACUAUGGCCUGCAGUGGUUCUCAAAGUAUUUUGGACUGCAGACCUUAUUUACUAAAGUAAAAAAUACAGCGGAUCACCAAGGCCUUAAAUUGCUCUGUACUGUGAAUUUCAAAUUUAAAUUGCCGCAUUUGUUUCGUUACAAUUGAAAACUAAAUGUACUUUUGAGACACUAGUAUAGUAAUAAGUUUACAUAAAAUUACAUACUUUGCAAAGUACACAUAAAAAUAAAAAAAUAAGGAAGUGCACUGCAUUACUAAGGGUAACAGAUGAUGCGGUAACUGUUGCAAUGCUUGGGCUGUGACAUAAAGACUUAGUUGAUAAGCGAGCAUUUUAUGUGAACGAGCAGUUGGGCAUCAAUAAAAUUAAUACUGGUGUGAAAUCAGUACUGGAUAGGGUAAAGGUAGUUGUGUCAAAGGAGAGUAAAGCCACUUGUUUUGGGGCCAGUUUUUCUGAGGGCGGUGCCCAUCUCCCCAUUCUCACUGCCUUAUCUUGCCCAAUCCUUCGCAGACUCAGGUACCCAGUCUACAGUGGGUCAACCAGGAGAAAUGUGCUGCACCGCACGGGUAAAAAGCGGGCUGGAUGUGUGCUUCUGGGUUCAGGUGCUGCUGCUCUGUCCGCUAGGCUAUAGACUCCCCAUUUAUCAUUGUUAAUAAUAAGGAUAUAUAUAUCAUGCUUUCUUGAUUUCCUCAGAGCGCUUUAUAUAAUAUACAGACUUAAUCACCAAAAGUCAUGCACUAAUAUUCAUUUAUAACAGACAUGCUCACUUCUAAACCAGGCGCCCAUUCAUAUACAAAUUAUAGACACGUGUUGUGCAUGCUCAUGGUCAGGACAGGGUCACAGUGAAGUCACCAUUCUGAAUUGAAGGUCAUAAGAAUUCUGUAAGGACUUACAGGCCAAAAUAAAGGAAUUUUUAAGUACACUUUUAAAUGGUUGCCUGUAAACAGCAAAUAUGAAAGGAUAGAAAUGGGUGAACAGUAAUUAAAUGUGUGAUUAUCUUAUGUUUUAUUCAUUGUAAUAGAAUGAACAGAAUGUAAAGCGACAGAAGGAAACAUGAGUUUUCUGGCAGGAGCAUAAUGAGUGAAGAGUUCAGAGAAGUUGCCACUGAUAAAGCUUUAACAAAUAAACUACAGCUUAUUAUCAAGAUAUACUUGGUCCGUUCAGAGUGCGAAAGAGAUAUUGCAAUGCAGCCAAAAAACUCAUUUUUGUUAAGUCAACUGUUGGUUGUGAGUGCAUGAAGAUAAACAGCUAUAUGUUAUUCUUUGUUGUUAUUUAUUAGUGCCAUUGUUUUUGUAUUAUCUCACUAUUCCCAGAAUAACAUAGCUGAUCACUGAAACAUGAAGUAGGUAGAAAGAUGUUAAAGUAGCUGCAGCACCUCCUACCUGUGCAAUUUUUGAUGUGAAUAUAGAGAUGAGGCUAGGUCAAGGCAUACAUUCCAUUGUGGUUGUUCUGAUGAAUAUUGUUGUGCACGUAGUAUUUUCAUUUAUGUAGACAUAUUUACUGGGUAGGAAAAGAAAGGGCUGUAUUUGAUUUUUAUUCAAAGUAUUAGUUUUUUAAUAUAUAGCUUUCAGUGGUUUGCUUUCCCGUGUUAUCUCUGUGGAGGAAACAUGGGAAAUGAUAGGCGCUUACUGACUGACACUGACAGAAGCUGAAGAUAUUUGCUGCUGGAAUAUAACCAGAGAUGAUUAGGCUCUUUAGACUGCUGCUGCUGCUGCUGGAAGUCGAGAAACUGUUUCUGCAGAUUGCACAUGUGGCAAUAACUCAGUACAUCCAUGUGUUUGGAAAAAUGCAUUCUCCUUACAAGUUUGUUGAAAUUUUAUCUGCACAUGUAUAUGUCACACUAUGAACAAGUUUUCUUAUCCAAAAUUACCUGUUUGACUCAGUUUCCUUAGCAAGGCGACUGUAAUAUACCUGAAAAACUAAAUUACUUUCCUGCCAUAUAUACAGGUGGCAGCAGGAGGCUCUUGUACUUGACCAAUGCCUUUUUUUUUCCUUAAGUUUUUGCCCUCUGCAAAGGUUAGUUUCAGGACUUCUUUUAGUCCCAUGACAUGCUAAUCUCUAACCAAUAAAUUCAAUGAAAAAUUGUGAAAAGCAGGCCAGUUUGUCAAACUUCAUGGGUUUAACUUUUAUUUAAACUUUAAAUAACUGAGUUUAUUAUCAACAUAGCUGAGAACAUAAUGUAAUUUUUUUAUGUUGUUAUUCAUGAACAUUUCAACAAAUUCAAAACUUAUAUUUGCUCAUUUAUUGCUUUGAAAGCCAUGACAAGAAUUUUUUCUGUGACUUGACAAUAUAUCAUUAAGUCAGGAUUAGCUAAAUGUGACUGCUUUUGUAAGCUGCUGACUGGUCCUAUUCCUUAUCCCCACACCCACCCUUAAAAAAGGAGUCAGUCAUUUUUGAUGUAUGUGCAAUACAAAGAUUCAGGCUGUUUUUCGUGGCAUUAAGGUGGUCCAAGGGUGCAACAGAUGAGUAGUUUUCACUCAGUGAGGAUCUCUUGUACAGUGUUUAGAUCUUGGAGAUGUCGUUCAUUCUCUUCAUAUGGCUCCUGUUUACAGAAUUGGUUGCUUUGCAGUGAUAUUGCCUUAGUUACUGGCUGGGUGCUCAGCAUUAAUUCCCCUCCACCUCCCCACUCCUCCAGACUUUAAAGCAUUAUCUUUCACGAAAGUCUUGAUAGUGCAGGAACGCAGGCUUGGAGGAUGCAAGUGUAACAUCUGCUGCCUGAGUGAUAUGACUAUAUGAUUUGGUUCCGUUGUGAUAUUUACUUUAGAAGCUUGCUUUGAUCGGAUAGACCUUAUAGCUUUUGCUUCUGCCAGCCAGAUUCAUUCAGACUCAGAUGCAAUGUUAAUUUUCCUAAGUUUUAGAAACACCUCAAAGAUGAAAUUUCUGAUUGUAAAAUUGUUAAAGAAUUAAUGAAACAUCACAACUGACUUAAGGAAUGCAUGAUUGUACAUCUCAGAUGUAGAUAGAGUAUGUCGUCUCAUAAAAAGGAGGUGCACAGGCGACAGUGAAUAAAUAAAUGGCUGUGAUGACGGAGAGUAUAGAGCGUUAAGUCUUUGGGUGCUUGAGUUCACAAGAUUUAGAUCAUUUCUACAUGCCUGUGUUUGUGUCUGUGCGCUGCACUUGUGCUCAACGCAUUAUGUUCUUCAGUUUUUAUUUUGUUCUGUUUGUUUCAAAAUUUACUUUGUUACUAAAUAUUUGUAUAUGAAGAUUUGCAUUUACAUUUUAAAAAUUGUAAGUUCAUUAUAUGAAGAGAGUAAAUUCUGUAUGAUUAUAAA